GUUCUACUCGAUCCUACAGUUUCGUACUUGACAUUUUUUCCCAUCUUACUUUCCUUUAUUGUACAACACUGUUUCCUGUGCUUUUUGCUGUAUGCUUAAUUAAAUCCGGCUAGAAUCCACCAUGACAAAUCCCAAGUCCUCUGUUACAGCAAUGCAUAGCGAUCUCGUUGAUAUUGUGAAUGUCACUGAGGAGGAGAUUCUAAGCACUCUUCGAGCAAGGUUCCAGCAAGAUAAAAUAUUUACGCGACUCGGCAGUUCCAUCCUUUUAUGCAUCAACCCUUUCAAAGAUGUCCGUUCCACCAUCGAGGAACAAAGCCAGCGAUAUCUCGCCGAGUACAAAGACACAAGCGACACGCCCCGACUGGAUCCGCAUAUUUUUCAGCAUGUUAAUCAGGCUUACUUCCACAUGCGUCGCACUGGUCAGGAUCAGUCCAUCAUGCUCAGUGGUGUUUGUGGUAGCAGUAAAUCGGAGAUGCAUCAGUGGGCGAUUUACCACUUGGUCACAUUGAGCGGUCAUCGAAAAUCGUCGAAAAUCCAGGAUUUGGUCCAGAAAGCCUACACUGUCUUGGAAGCGUUCGGUCAUGCAAAGACUCUUAUCAACGAUAAUGCGUCUCGAUUUGGAAAGUACUUGGAAUUACAGUUUAAUGAACGGGGACGAAUGACAGGUGCAAAAAUUCUCGAUUACAUGCUCGAGAAAUCUCGUGUUGCCAAUACCAAUGCAGAAGAACGCAAUUUCCACGUAUUCAAUUACAUGCUGCAUGGCACCACUUCGGAGGAAAAAGCUGCCUUACGACUUCAACAACUCACAAAGAAGAACAAUGGCGCUAUGGUCGAAGAAGAUACCGAAAAGUAUCUCGAACUACGGAGUCUGAUGAAAUCAUUGGGGAUCCAUAAAAGCAGCUGGCUUCACAUUACACAGAUUCUUGCCGCUAUAUUACAUUUGAACUGCCUUCAAUUUGUGGAUGAACCAAACAACCAGCAAGACUCCGCUACUGUCAAAAACAGUCAGUCUCUUGACAGUGCGGCUGAAUUACUCGGUGUGGAACCCAAAGCCUUGGAAACCGUGCUCACUUAUCAGACCAAGCUCAUUAAACGGGACUUGACCACAAUCUUUCUCAACGCAGAACAGGCGGCCAUACAACGAAAUCAUUUGUGUGAAGCACUGUACUCCCUUCUUUUCGCUUGGAUCGUGGAAAUGCUCAACAAAAAGCUCUGCAAAUCAACCUAUCAGAACUUUAUCGGUAUCAUUGAUUUUCCUGGAGCAGAAUCGACUUCGACGGCUUCCAUCGAUCGAUUCUGGGUCAACUUUAGUAACGAAUUACUGCACUCCUUCAUUUUACGAUCCGCUUUUGACACGCCUACUGCAAAUCAUUCCAAACUGACUUAUCGGGACAAUCAGGAGUGCGUCCAACUUUUGACCUCGAAGCAGGGCUUAUUAGCUGUUCUCAGUGCCGAAGCCGAUACCGAGUCCAAACCACCGCCGACCAUUGAAGAAUUUUUAGCGACCAACCAUAAAAAUCCUUGCAUUCACGCCAGCAAACGAUCUGGACUAUUCACCAUCCAGCAUUUCACCGGGCCCGUCUCCUAUACGACGUCCGAAUUUCACACGACCGAUGUCCUCAAUGCCGAUUUUGUAUCUCUUUUCCGUGGAGGCUAUGAUGGUGAACAGCCUAGCAAUGGCUUGGUGACAAAGCUGUUUAGUCAAAGCAGCAUUGCCACCCAAUCUCACCCCAAAAGCGAGGCAAUCGUGGCUGCACAGCAAUCUUCCAAACCCCGUCGAUCUCCCUCAGUGAAAAGGAAAUCCAAACCCCUCGUUCAGCAAGCUGCAAGCAAAGCAGGACAGGUUUCUGAGGCCAUCGACGACCUCCUUGCCACACUGGCAGAAACCAGGAUUUGGUGGGUCAUUUGCUUGAAACCAAACGACUUGCUGUUGCCAGCGUCAUGCGAUACCAAGAAAAUUGCUGCCCAAAUCCGAGCUUUCAACGUGCUCGAACUUGUGCAGCAUUUUAAACACGAGUAUGCCUUCCAGAUAGACUUCAGCACUUUCUGCACCCGUUACGCCGAGCUUAUUAGGGCGGAAGAUAUCGAUACAGACGCAGACCCUCAGGUCCAAUGUCGAACAUUUCUGCACUGGAUGGAAUGGGACGACUCGAUGGUUAUCCUGGACGAAGAAAAGGUCCAUAUUCGCGAUGCGGUUUGGUGUAUUCUCGAAAACAACCUUCGAGCUUUGGAGAAAAGGGAACAACGACGAGCAAGAUGCGCGGCCAAAGGCAUUCCCUUUGAAGAAGACGAUUUGGCGAGCCGAGGUCUACCAUGUUCACAGGCAGUCUCCUGUUUCGAACAGUCCAUCACAGAAACCGGGUCGGUCUACAGUGACGAAUGCUUUGAUCAACAUACCCAUUGCUUUACAGAAACGGAGUCCAUAUGUACAUCCCAGCUUUACGGGUCCAGUAGUUCCAAAGCGAGCUUGACCGAUCUCUCUGGUUCUCAGGAGCCGAUGCCUAAACCUGUGGUGCUGCCACCACCGCCAGAACCGAAAAGAAAAACAACCCCUUCUCGCAAGAUCUGGCUAGCAAUGACCUGGAUGUCCACUUGGUGGAUCCCGAGUCCUGUCCUGAGUUUUUGCGCCGGUAUGCGCCGUGCCGAUAUUCGUCUCGCCUGGCGUGAAAAGGUGACACUAUGUGUUCUCAUCUUUCUUCUGUGUGCUGCCAUGGUUUGGUUCAUUGCCUUCUUCGGACAGCUCGUUUGUCCGCAUCAAGACCUGUUUACGCAAUCCGAACUGCAGGCCAAGAGUAACAAAGACAAUGCUUACAUAACCAUUCGUGGCGAGGUGUUCGAUCUUACCUCGUUUGCUCCGCGCCACUGGGCUUCAGAAGUCAUUCCAACGGGAGCACUGUAUCAGUAUGCUGGACAAGAUGCCAGUGAUCUAUUCCCUGUGCAGAUUUCAGCUGUGUGUGACGGUAUCCAUGGCACCGUCCCGCCAGAAGUAACCUUGGAAACACAUAUCAACAUCACGGAUUCCAAUUCCGGUUACCAUGAUUUCCGCUACUUCAGAGACGAUUACAGACCCGAUUGGUAUUUCGAACAAAUGGUGUACCUGCGAAAAAACUACCGUCUCGGCUUUAUGGGUUAUGAUCCUGUCGACAUCCAGAAUCAGGCCAAUCAUGCAACGCAAAUUGGUGGCAUCAACACGGAACGACGCUGGGCCAUUCUUCACAAUAACGUGUACGAUCUCACUUCGUACAUGAUGGGCGGACGAUUUGCCCGAGCUCCUGUUGGCCAUACAGUACCGGCUAAUAUUGAUAUGGAUUUCAUCGAUAAUUCGAUCACAGAGCUAUUUCGACAGCUGGCAGGCACCGAUAUUUCGGCUCAUUUCGAUGCUUUACCCAUGGAUAAACCAACCCGCGAUCGCCAAUUGACAUGUCUGCGAAAUUUGUUUUUGGUUGGCAAGGUCGAUACGCGUAAUUCGCUGCAAUGCCAGUUUUCAGAGUAUCUUUUACUGCUCAUUACCGGGUUUUUAUGCAGCGUUAUCCUGUUCAAGUUUUUGGCCGCUCUUCGACUCGCAAGUUCGCAUGCUUUGGAAGAAUAUGAUAAAUUCAUCGUGUGCCAAGUACCAUGCUAUACGGAAGGUGAAGAAUCUUUACGUAAAACGAUCGAUUCCCUCACCGUUCUCAAAUACGACGAUAAACGCAAAUUGCUGUUCCUGAUCGCCGAUGGCAUGAUUGUCGGAAGUGGAAAUGACCGAUCAACCCCUCGUAUUGUGCUCGAUAUUCUCGGCGUCGAUCCCAAUAUGGAUCCCGAGCCCAUGUCUUUCCUGAGUCUCGGAGAAGGCAAGAAGCAGCAUAAUAUGGGGAAGGUAUACUCUGGAUUAUACGAAUGUUCCGGCCAUGUUGUACCGUAUAUCGUCGUAGUAAAAGUUGGCACACCGGAUGAACGACAGAAACCUGGCAACCGAGGCAAACGUGACUCGCAGAUGGUCCUCAUGCGAUUUCUCAAUAAAGUUCACUUUGAUGCUCCCAUGGCCCCACUGGAACUGGAAAUCCAUCAUCAGCUGAAAAAUGUCAUUGGUGUGAAUCCCAGUUUUUACGAAUUUGUGCUCAUGGUCGAUGCUGAUACCGAAGUAUUGCCGGACUCGUUGAAUCAUAUGGUGGCCUGCUUUGUCAAUGAUACAAAGAUCGUCGGUCUGUGCGGAGAAACAAUGCUAUCCAAUGAAAAAGAUACCUGGGUCACCAUGAUCCAGGUGUAUGAAUACUAUAUUUCGCAUCAUCUUGCAAAGGCUUUCGAAUCACUCUUUGGAUCGGUCACCUGCCUUCCCGGAUGUUUCUGUAUGUAUCGCAUUCGAUCAACAACUCGCAAUCAACCCCUGCUAGCAAGCAAUCAAGUUAUCAAGGAUUACGCGGAAAACCAUGUUGAUACAUUGCACAAGAAGAAUCUGUUACAUCUGGGAGAAGAUCGGUACCUUACCACCCUUAUCUUGAAACAUUUCCCCAAUUUCAAAACCAAAUUCACUCCAGAUGCUGCUUGUAUGACGAAUGCCCCUGAUCGAUGGCCCGUGCUGUUAUCACAGCGUCGACGAUGGAUCAAUUCCACUGUGCAUAAUCUUGGUGAACUCAUGUUUCUGCCUUCACUGUGCGGUUUUUGCUGUUUCUCUAUGAGAUUCGUAGUCAUGCUCGACUUGCUGAGCACCCUAGUGAUGCCUGCCGUUGUAUGCUAUCUCGGUUACCUGGUCUAUCAAUUAUGCACCAAUACAAGCCAGGUCCCGCUUAUGUCAAUUAUCACACUCGCCGGUGUCUAUGGAUUGCAGGCAAUCAUUUUUAUUCUGCGGCGCAAGUGGGAACAUGUCGGAUGGAUGAUCGUGUAUAUUCUGGCCAUUCCGGUGUUUUCUUUUGCCAUCCCAAUCUAUGCUUUCUGGCAUUUUGACGAUUUCUCGUGGGGCAACACACGUAUUGUGGUGGGUGAAAAAGGACAAAAGAAAGCGGUCGGUCCUGAAGAAGGUGUGUUUGAUCCUGCCUCCAUUCCAAUGAAACGGUGGUCCGAACAUGAAACAUGGGAAGAGAAAAGCUCUUGUUGCUCAAAGCACACGGAAGGAUCCGGCUGUAGCUGCCAAAGAGAAACAGAUUCAGAGGUGGGAGAUGAUUUCUCCACUUACAGUCAUACCCCUUCCAUGUAUGGAUCAACUCCACCCGCCGCCAUCUAUAAUGGACCCACCGAUGUGGCUAUCAUUCAAGAAAUCGAGAGGAUACUGGAUCAGCACGAUUUGAUGCAACUGACCAAGAAACAAGUACGCGACGCAUUAUCCGAGGUGUUUGGCGUAGAUAUGAGCUCCAAACGCGCGUUUAUCAACAAAUGUAUUGAACAGUCAUUAGCAGAGCGGUUAUAAUAAUUUUCCUUUUUUUUUGUAUUUCAUUUUUUGCUUGCAUGUAAUGUCACCUUCCUCACAUAUCAUACAUAGAAUGCGGUAAUAAAAACCGAUAAAAGACC